AUGAAGAAGAGUUCAUCAGCAAAGUCACCGAGGGGAUCUGAUGAUCAGCUUCUUUUACAAGUUAUUAGUAAGCUACAGUUUGAUAUUUCUGAAUUAACUAGUAAAACAGAUCCUAUCUUUAAGGAUGUCAAUGAAAGACAGAUAAAUCUGGUAGAAAUUGAUAAGAAUUUAGAUGAGAUACUAUUACACAUUCAUAAUAUCCAAAAUGAAUCAAGUUCAAAAAUUAAUAUACAAAAUAAUGUAGAAAAACUACAAAACGAACUAACAAAGAUACAAUACCUUAAAUCGAUCUUGAUAACUGCAUUAAACUCAUCAAAAUCUAUCAAUCAUUCGAAGAUUGAAAAUUAUUUACAAGCAAAAGCAACAUUUUCAAAUAAUUUAGAGUAUCUGCGUCAGAAAACUGAAAUAUAUCAAGCAAUUUCCGAUGAAAUGAAGCAAUUUAACAAAAAAGAACUCAAUUAUACGACAAAUGAAGAAUUUAAUGCGAUAAAAAAGAAUUUCACUAGCAUCAAUCAAAUACCAAUAAAGAAAUACCUCAAAUACGCUCAAACAUUUCAGUUAUCAAAUAAUCAAGCAAAUAACGAUUUUAUUCUUCAAUUUAAUGCUCAACAUGAUAAGCAGUUAGAUGUUAUCAAUAAUAUAUCGAAUAAAAUAGAGCAGCUAAAAGUUUUUAUAUCAGAUAUCAAUCAAAUUCAAAAAGAAUUUCAAGAUUUACUUUUCACAAGAGAUUCAAUGAAUGAAAUGAUUAGAUCAUAUAUGAACGAUGUCCCCAACAUCAUGCAGGAUCUUGAAAGCAGAAAUAAACAGCUUUCAGACAAGUUUAGAGAAAAAUCAAUUAAUCAAUCGAGAUUUUUUAGUUUAAUUGAUUCAGAAGCCAGGUCGUUGCUAUCAGAUGCUAACCAAGUAAUAGAAGACUUCAUGAAACACAAUAAAUCCAUGUCUUUGAUGUCUGAAAACGAAUUUUUAAAUUAUUCAAAUUCUCAUAAAGAAAAUUUGCAGAAAAUGAAUGAAGAAAUUGAUAAUUUGAUUAAUCAAAGAGCUGUUGUUGACGAAAACAACCAAAAUAAUGUUUUAUCUUCAGAAAAUUUGCAAAAGGUUAUUAUUGGAUUGGAUGGAAUGAAAAACAUGGAAAAGUUCGCAUCACAUGUUUCAACUCGCUUGAAAAUGCUUGAAGAAGACCAAAAUAAUUUAUCUAAAAAAUAUAAAAUAAUAAAAGAAAAAUAUGAAGAUCAGUUAUCAACUAUUAAGUCAUUUAAACACUAUAAUGCUUCCAAAAAGAACGAUCCUGUUUAUAAUAAUUUAUUCAUGUUAUAUAACAAAGUAAAUUCGAGAACUAACGAGUUAAUGAAUAAUCCGGAUAAUUUGUAG